CAUGCGUGCUGUGAUAAAUAGGAAGCAGCGCUGGCAAACUGGAUUAUGUGGACGUAUCAGUGAGCGAAAGCAGUUGCUUUCUAAUAAUUUAUUUAAGGCUUAUGUUGUCGUGGUAAGAGGGGACUCUAUUUAAAACGGAAAUGUGAUAAACUGAAGGGAAGUUGAAGGUGUAUUUUAAUGUAACUGUGCGUAUUAGACACUGAGCGACAAUGAUGUCAGAAUGCGACCCGACGGAGACAGAGACAGAAACCCGCGAGUCGGCGCCGGCGUCGAACUUUCACUCGGCGGAGCCUCCGAGGGUGUCGUUUGACAGGAGCCAGGCGAGUCUGGGGCUCGCGGCGAACCCCGGCGUCGCCGUCCGCGUCUCGGACUCCCGUGAAAGCGUCUUGACCGAGCUGGAGACGGACGGCUCGGGCGAGGAGGCGCUGCUGCUGCCGUGCCUGGCGGGGAGCGCGUCGUCGCCGCGGGGCGCGCGGGACAAGAGGAGCAGGCGGAACAGACGCAGCUCGUCGUCGGAUAAAGACACCCUGGCCUCCCCGGGUACCAACGGCGGCGACUUUAACCAUUUCCCUGAAGAUUUAGAGUUUGCAGAUAUUAUUCAAAAGGCAGAACAAGCUAUUGAGAAUGGCGUCUUUCCAGAGAGGAUAUCCCAGGGGUCCAGUGGGAGCUACUUUGUCAAAGACUCCAAAGGGAAAAUCAUCGGUGUUUUCAAACCAAAGUCAGAGGAGCCCUAUGGCCACCUGAACCCAAAAUGGACCAAAUAUUUUCACAAGCUCUGCUGUCCAUGUUGUUUUGGCCGCGGAUGCUUGUUACCUAACCAGGGUUAUCUCUCAGAGGCUGCUGCUUCGCUGGUUGAUACCAAGCUUGGCCUGGGAGUGGUGCCCAAAACUAAGGUGGUGUAUCUGGCUAGUGAGACCUUCCACUACAAUGCCAUCGACAGAGCAAAGUCCAGGGGGAAGAAGUACGCCUUAGAGAAAGUCCCCAAGGUGGGACGACGUUUCCACAGAGUGGGCCUACCUCCCAAGGUGGGCUCGUUCCAGCUCUUUGUGGAGGGUUACCGUGAAGCGGACUGCUGGCUGCGGCGCUUCGAAGCAGAACCUCUGCCGGAGAACAUCAGGAAGCAGCUGCAGUCACAGUUUGAGCGCCUGGUGGUGCUGGACUACGUCAUACGGAACACAGAUCGGGGAAAUGACAACUGGUUGAUCAAGUAUGAGAAGCCAGGAGAAGAAGCUGAAGGUGACGAACACAGGGGUGCAGACUGGCCAGAGAGCAGUCCAGACUGCUGCAUCAAAAUUGCUGCCAUCGACAACGGCCUGGCCUUCCCCUUCAAGCACCCAGAUGAGUGGAGAGCCUACCCAUUCCACUGGGCUUGGCUCCCUCAGGCGAAGGUGGCCUUCUCCCAGGAAACCAGAGACCUCGUGCUGUCCCGACUCUCUGACAUGAACUUUGUCCAGGACCUUUGUGAGGACCUCUACGAGAUGUUCAAGACAGACAAAGGCUUUGACAAAGCCAUGUUUGAGAGACAGAUGUCGGUUAUGAGGGGACAGGUUUUGAACCUGACGCAGGCCUUGAAGGACGGGAAGAGCCCCAUUCAGCUGGUACAAAUGCCCCGGGUGGUGGUAGAACGCAGCCGUUCAGGCCAAGGACGUGUAGUAACUUUAGGCAACGCCUUCACACAAACCUUCCAUUGCAAGCGGCCAUUUUUCUCCUCUUGGUAGCCAGAAAAGACUGCGGAUGGGACCUGAGGAGGGGCUUCUGCAACAGCUCACACUUCUCCAGAAACCAGUCCUUAAUUGGGCAAGGGCAAGUGGAAACUGCCGAUAUAUUGUCUUAAAAUGAAGGAGAAGACACACAGAAAAUGGUUUGUGAAGAAUUUGGGCUUGGGUCCAUGAUCAGCUUGUGGAGAGAGCACAGAGAAGCAGAGGGGCUGCGGAGGCUGGCGUGCCGCUGUCUCCUAGAGACCUUGGGGCUGUUUGCCGUUACCAUAGUGACUCGAUUGAAUAAGAGGUGGGCUCUGUUUAUUGUUAGGAGCCGGAAGGACUUUUUUUUUUUAACCCACCCAAAGUGUACCUCUUGCCUUUUGCAAGUUCUUGUAGUGAGGCUAACAGCCAAAGAACAGUCACUUCCACAGAGCUGUGGUGCAGUACUGUUUGAGAAUCUGAAGGACCGGUCUCUCGGACGUCUCCUGAAACCUUUCUCUUCGACAGUGUUGCUCCUGGUCUACGACACAGUCCAAAAAUAUAUUACUUUGCCUUGUAGGAUUGCUUUGUGAAAUAUAGAUGUGCACUCAGUGCUGGAAGUGUUACUAUUUCCUUGGACCAGACCACUCUUUUUGUUAGCUUUUAAGACCACAACAAACACAAACCCAGUGUCUUCAACUCACUACUGCCAAAUUCUGCUUGUGUGGGGAACGUUAAAAAGCCUCAAGUAUAUUGUUGAAACUUGAAUAUAAAAUGUGGAGGAGAAUUAAUAAUAAACACACUGUUUGAAUGUAAUCCAUUCACGGUUUCUCCUAAACAUUUCAGUAACGUCUAACAAUGAAUGUAUUUCCGACAUAUCUGAUAGCUGGCAGGCUGCGUUCUCUGGAACCGUGUGGCACGAGGGUGGGCUACCUCAUCCCUCCACUUUAUUACGCAUUAUAUGAAGAGGAAAUACCUAGAUAUUUCACACUUGCUUGAUGCUGUUGUGUUUUCGUAUGUAUGCAUCCUAAAAUUUGUAUUCCAACUAUAUGAUUGUAUGAGAAAAGCUGUAUAUUUAAAAUUAAAAAUAAAAUGGGAAAAACUGAA